GGGCGGGCUGUAGCACGCCGGAAGUCCAUCAUGCCGUGCGGGAAACGGGCAGGAUCAAAAAUAUAGCUAUAGGAUCUUUGGGCAGCAUUGCGGAUCAGUUUGCAUGUUUGCUGCUAAAUAAAUCAAUUGGGAAUUAGUUUUCAUUCACACAUGCUGACAUCUCUUUAAUUUUAUAGUUGACGUGAAACAGAGGCGGCAAGUGGUGUCCGGCAACUAGUUCUGCGGCGGCAAUGACCGGUUGAAGGAUUGAUGCCACCAUCUUGUUGUACGGAGACUGUUGUUGGUCCUGGAUUGAAUUGUGUUGAGGACAUUACCUUACAUUGCUCCGCGCGAUGGUCAUAUCUUGCUCAGCAUAUUCCUGUACCAAUAGGCAGGGGAAAGUAUCCAUCUCUAAAUCCAUCUCUUUUCACAGAUUCCCUUUGAAGGAUACCAAACGUUUGUCAAAGUGGAUUAAUGCUGUUGGGCGAACUGACUGGAAACCAACCAAGUUUUCCUUUUUGUGCAGUGCUCACUUCACCAAAGACAGUUUUCAAAAGCGUCAUGAAGACCAGCAUCAACGGCUCAAAGUUAACGCUAUUCCAUCCAUCUUCCACUUCCUAGAACAUAAGAAUAUAGUAGAAGAUCAACAUUGUCACUGCCAGGAUGCACCAAAAAUACAGUCAACUCCAGCCAAUCAGCAAAGUGUUUAUGUCCUUCAUGAACCAUUGGAUGAGAUCCUGAAUCCCAACUGCGGAAUGGUGGAAAGCAAACAUGUGUUUGAGAGGGUUCCUGUGCUUGGUGAAUUUUCCACUUCUCCUGCACUCUCAGUGACAAGUGAACCCAAUAGGUGUAAAGUCCUAGAUCAACAGUGGACUCCACAGUCCGAAGUUAGUAAGAUCACAGCUACUGAAAGAUUGCUGAUUGACAGCACCGUAUUAUUUCCCGAUGAUGCUAUUCCAUCUGCCUCUGGUGCAUGCAAACUCAUCAGUUCUUUGCAUUCAUACUGUUUAACUCCACUGCAUGGUUCCUUUAUUAAAGAUCAGGACAUGAAAAAGAACAUUGAAGUAAAGAUCCUGAGCCAAAAAAGUGGUCGGAUCAUGAAACAAGUGAAAAGAUUAGACAAAUGGGGGCACAAGAAACUGCAGAUCCCGGAAUCUUGAACAAAACACAAAGUGCAAGAGCAACUCAGAGUGAGUCAGGCAGCAUCAGUAGAGGGAAUGGACACAUGACAUUUCAGACAGUCUGAAGAAGGGUUCAGGCCAAAACAUCGUCUGUCUAUUUUCUCCUCAGAUUAGAAGGAUGGAUCUGUGGGCUUGAAACCAUUUCCACUCUAGUAAGGCGCUUUCUGCCUCAGGAUCAUGAUUAGUAAAAGUCUAUAAUUUCUCAGAGCUUGUGGUGAGCAUAAAUCUAAAUCAGCAAAAUUUAACUUGAGGUGCUCAAAACAAUAGUUGCUAACUCUAAAUUCAGUCUUUUGUUUAGCACUGCAGUGGUGACUCCAUUCUUACUGCAUUUUCAUUUAUAUAUUUACUACAGAUCACAACUCAGCUGGAAUUUGAAACCUAUUAUCUUGUUGUUCACAUGUUAAGAAUGGUCGUUUGGGCUGGUCAUGGAAAGCUAUAAUUAUCUACAAUUACUCAUUGUUCAAAAGUCAAUCACUUUUAUCCAAAAAUCCUCCUGCUCAUUGUAAAAAUAUUUAUGAAUAGACAUUAAAAACAUAUAGCAUCUGAGUGAG